AUUUUAUUAACAAAUAUGUUACCUAGCCCAGCUACAAAGAAAAGGAGGAUGAGCAAGCUCAUCAUCAGUCCACUUUCUAGGAAGAGCUCACUUGCUAAAGCUGUUUUUAAUUCAGAGGAGAAAUUGACCUCGAUGAAACGUAAAUCCUCCUCCAUACCGUAUAAUAUACGGAACCUAUCACCAGAGUUCCUAACCAAGAUGAAGAAAAAGGAUAAGUCACCCUUCAAUCCUGGGAAAACCAAAAAGCCAAACUGCCUCAAAGACAAGAUGUAUUUCUACUACAACACUUAUAACGAAGAUUUUGGGUUCGACAAGCACAUGAUCUUCGAUUCUCUCAGAGUAAUCAGACAUGUCGAUGAAGAGUUCCCUGGUCUCUCAAAGCAUCUUCAAGAACCUGAUAGCAAACCCACACAAAAACAGGAUACCUCCUCAGUCCAUGAGCAUAAGAGAAAGAGUGUGACUUUUUCAGACCAAAAAUAAGUCUCGUAGUUACAGAAAAGUUGAGAUAAACGAGUGGACAAGGAUUGCUGAUUUCAUCCUCUCUCCAAACCAAAAUUUCUUCAAACAGUUUGUUAAUUGCGUCAAGAAAUUCCAGACUUAUGAGCAACUCUUGAAGAAAAAGGAACUAUCUAAGAAAUAAAUCAUGCAUUCGGAAACAAAGAAGGGGAAGCAAGGCUUCAAGGAGGUUCAGCGCCUCCCAAAACUCAACUAGUAGUAAGAGGAUCCCUAUGCCACAAAAUAUCAGUGACCUCAAGCCAGUGUUUAAGUCUCCUGAGCUAUCGAAAUUCAAAGAUGAAAGUUCAGCCAAAUCGAUCUCUUCAUGAGAUACACCAACUCGUGCCAUAGAGAAAUACAAGAGUAUGCCUCAAGUUGUACACCAGAAGGACGGAGAGAAGAAACAAAACUCCAUUAAAACGUUGAUAGAAUUUCCUGUCCUACAGGAGAAAUAUAGAAAGACUCUCAAAAAGAGCACUUCUCCCAGAGCAGCACUCAAGAAGUUAUCAAGGAAUGCAACUUUGUUAUCUCAAGAAGAUAAACACAACACUAGGAAUACUUAUUCGAGAUUUGCUCAUACCAUUGAGAGCUUAGAGAGCAAGAAUACAUCUUUGAAAAUGAUAACCAAAAGAUUAAUGAAGAGCAGGAGUGACUUAAGAGAGCUUCCAAGCCAAGCAAUGACUCAAAGAAUCAAGCCAUCUUUGUUUACCAAAAAUAAGGGAAAAUCCCAGUCAGAUUUAGGAGGUACUGGCAGGAAUAAGAUGCAGUUUGAGAAAAAUUCCAAUAAGUUAAUUAAUGAGCAUUCAAAGAAGUGAUUGGCCAUUAGCCCCACUCCUUCAUAUCAGAGAAAGGCCCUAAAUUUGGCUAUUUACUCUAGGAAUAACCCGAAGCCUCGUGCAACUUUUAGUUCAAGAAAAAUAGAGAAGAAGGUUAGUUCACAAAUGAUGAAGAAAUCCCAAAAGAUGGAAUCUUCAGAGGAGAAGCCAGAAAAGAGCCAUCUUAUUGAUCUCGACCUAAAAGGUCUAAAUCCAGGCCCAGGUGGUAUUGAGAAGUUGAGUCAGUUGCAGCAAUUGAUAAUAGAUCGUCCGAAGUGAAUCCUGAAAAAUUGAUAUCAAAUGAAUCAUCCAAAUAUGGCUCAGAUACCUUUGAUCCCAGCUCCAAAGAGAAAAUUGAUCAAGAAGAAGAUGAAAUUGUCACCAUAUAGGAUUAUCUAGGUAAUAAUUCAGCAACAA